AUAAAUAAAUAAUUGCAAAUUUAAUUCCUGCAUUACAUAUGUCAAUAUCUCGUUUUUUUUCUUUCUGCCUCUCCGCACGAAAACACCUGCUUAAGGUUUAUAAACGUUUUGUUGGAUCAAUCAUCGGUGCUUAGCACCAUUCGCCACGAAAUCACGAAGUCACCGCGAAAGAUGGAGACGUCGCAUGGCAUCGCAUGCGCCCGUUCAUGGAAUCCAUUACGCCCGCGACGUAGACGUCUCAGAUCUCAGACAAGUCGUUCAAUUUCCAUACCGAUAAGACAUCGAGGAUGGCCGACAUCAAGCAGGAUCACAAGAGCGAGGAUGUCGACAGUUACGGGAUGAGUAAUAGCGCCGAUCCGAAGAACAUGCAGGAAUUGACGCAAUACGUGAGUCCGCAUACACGGAAUGAUGAUGAUAACAAAGCAUCCGGAGACGCGUCGCGACAGGUCGUUGACGCUACGUUGACUCCUUUGCAGGUGCAAACGCUGCUGCAGAAUAUGCAGGACAAAUUUCAAACGAUGUCCGACCAGAUCAUAGGAAGAAUAGAUGAGAUGGGCAAUAGAAUAGAUGACUUGGAAAAGAAUAUUGCAGAUCUAAUGACACAAGCAGGAGUCGAAGGUGGUGAUAAAUAAGUUUAUUUUUCUUUUAAGUGCACUAAUCUAUAAGUAAUCACUCAUCCAAAGCAUUUAAGAUAGCCAUAUAUACUUAUAUAUAUAAUUGUGGAAAAAAAAUGUAUACAGAUACUGAGAUAUCCAUCCUUUUGUUACAAUACAAAAAUAAACUUACACUUUUUUAUAAAUGUA